ACAAUCCAGUCCAAGAGAGAUUAGGAAGCAGAGUAAAUGAGAGAGGGGGAAAGACAAAGGAUAUUUAAUAAGGAGACACAUGACAAGGACACAAGAAGAGAGUCAAGAAAGGUUCUCAUUUAUCUUGUAGUGACGAGAGAGAGAGAGAGAGAGAUAUGGGGGUAACAGCAGUUGUGGGUAUGUGCCUGUUGUGGGUAUGUGCCUCAGCUCUGGGGCAGACUGGUGGUAGGAUAGAGACUAGUGGUGGUAGUAUAGAGACUGGUGGUAGUAUAGAGACUAAUGGUGGUAUUAUAGAGACUGGUGGUAGUAUAGAGACUAGUGGUGGUAGUAUAGAGACUGGUGGUAGUAUAGAGACUAGUGGUGGUAGUAUAGAGACUAGUGGUAGUAUAGAGACUAGUGGUAGUAUAGAGACUGGUGGUAGUAUAGAGACUAGUGGUGGUAGUAUAGAGACUGGUGGUAGUAUAGAGACUAGUGGUGGUAGUAUAGAGACUAGUGGUAGUAUAGAGACUAGUGGUAGUAUAGAGACUGGUGGUAGUAUAGAGACUAGUGGUGGUAGUAUAGAGACAAGUGGUGGUAGUAUAGAGACUGGCGGUAGUAUAGAGACUAGUGGUGGUAGUAUAGAGAAUGGUUCACCUGGUAGAGCAGACCAUUUAACUGGUGAUACUAGUGAUGACACAAGUCGCCCUGAGAUUGUAAUUGGUCAAACCGUUGAUACGGGUAAUGAUGUAACUGGCGUCGGUGGUCCGACUGGUUCCGUGGGCCGUCUGCUGGUAGUACCGAUGGACGGAAGCCACUGGGUGGGGGUUAAGGCCAUCGCCGAGGAGAUGGGUCGCCGUGGACACCAGGUUACCGUGGUGAUCCCCGAGGUGAGCAUGCGUCUGGGCCCCAGCAGCAACUGCAGGACUGUGUCAUAUCCUGUCCCCUACGGCCAGGAGACAGUGGACAUGCUGAUGGACAAGCAUACAGAUAACCUGCGUGCUGCCACACUGCCCCUAGUGGAGCGGAUGACUCAACGCAUGGCUAAUAUCCAGAGUGUCAGCUCCUUCAUACUGACUACUGCUGAGAGUCUGCUGUUCAACACCACACUAAUCACAUCUCUGGAACAGCAGGGUUUUGAUGCGGUGUUGACCGACCCGCUGGUCCCUACAGGCAGUCUGAUAGCCAGGCGUCUGGGCGUUCCGUCUGUGUGUCUGCUCAGAGGGAUCCCCUGUGGUCUGGACCUGGCCUCAGCCGCCUGCCCCUCUCCUCCAUCUUACGUUCCACGCUUCUUCACCAAAUACACACAUAGCAUGAGCUUUCCACAAAGGGUGGGCAAUGUACUGGUGAGUCUGGUGGAGCCGUUGCUAUGCCGACUGCUGUACUUGCGCUUCGACCAGCUGGCCAAUCGCUUCCUGGGAGAGGAUGUGGGUGUGGCCGAGGUACUGGCAGACACUGCCCUCUGGUUGCUAAGGUACGACUUCACGCUGGAGUUUCCUCGCCCCCUCAUGCCUAAUAUGGUGCUGGUGGGAGGGAUCAACUGCCAUGUCAGGAACCCUCUGCCACAGGAGCUGGAGCAGUGGUUGUCAGGGGAACAUGGCUUCAUGGUGUUCUCUCUGGGCUCCAUGGUGGCGUCUCUACCAGAAGACAUCACUCACAUCUUCCUACAGGCCUUCACCCUCAUACCACAGAAGGUCCUGUGGCGGUACUCUGGGCCUGUUCCUGGCAACGUUCCAGACAACGUGAAGAUGAUGAAGUGGAUCCCUCAGAAUGAUCUGCUGGCUCACCAUGGUGCACGGGCCUUCCUGACCCACAGCGGGACCCAUGGUCUGUACGAAGGGGUGUGUCACGCCGUUCCCAUGGUGAUGCUGCCGUUGUUUGGCGACCAACCUGACAACGCUCAGCGAUUGGCCAGUAAGGGAGUGGGCGUGGUCCUGGAUAUUAACCAUAUCACAGUGGAAACACUGCUACAGGCGCUGGACGAGGUUGUCAACAACCCCAGGUAUAAGUCCAGUGUGCUGAAGCUCUCAGCCAUUCACAAGGACCAACCAGUGGACCCCCUGGAGCUCUCUGCCUAUUGGACAGAGUUUGUGAUGCGCCACAAAGGGGCGGGCCACCUGAGAGCCGCCGCCCAAGACCUCAACUGGUUCCAGUACCACAGCUUGGAUGUGAUUGGCCUGUUGAUCGUCGCGGUGAUGGCCAUUGUCAUGGUGACGUUAAAGUGCUUAUCGCUGUGCGUGCGGAGGUUCACAACCAGGAAGAUUAAGGAGGACUGACCAGUAGGGGCGGAGCCUAGAGGCAACAACAGAUAUCCACAUUUAUUUUACAUUUCCUAAACGGUUGUGUAUUCAAAUUGUGUAUAUCAACUCUUCCUAAUAAACACCUGGAGGACGGACAGCCGUCAAAUCAAAUCAAAUCAAAUCAAAUUUAUUUAUAUAGCCCUUCGUACAUCAGCUGAUAUCUCAAAGUGCUAUACAGAAACCCAGCCUAAAACCCCAAACAGCAAACAAUGCAGGUGUAGAAGCACGGUGGCUAGGAAAAACUCCCUAGAAAGGCCAAAACCUAGGAAGAAACCUAGAGAGGAACCGGGCUAUGUGGGGUGGCCAGUCCUCUUCUGGCUGUGCCGGGUAGAGAUUAUAACAGAACAUGACCAAGAUGUUCAAAUGUUCAUAAAUGACCAGCAUGGUCGAAUAAUAAUAAGGCAGAACAGUUGAAACUGGAGCAGCAGCAUGGCCAGGUGGACUGGGGACAACCAAGAGGGAAUCAGGAGCACAAACAGAAGGACUGUACACUAAUGACCACAGAUGUCUUCAGGAACCAAGAGGGAAUCAGGAGCACAAACAGAAGGACUGUACACCAAUGACCACAGAUGUCUUCAGGAACCAAGAGGGAAUCAGGAGCACAAACAGAAGGACUGUACACCAAUGACCACAGAUGUCUUCAGGAACCAAGAGGGAAUCAGGAGCACAAACAGAAGGACUGUACACCAAUGACCACAGAUGUCUUCAGGAAAUAAAGAUGGUGGUGUGUUUCCCUGUUUCAGUGUCGGGGAGAGUAAAUCCUCACCACAACCAAUACAACUAUUCAGUGGAUUAAAACCACACAGACGUUUAUUAUUCAUUCAUUAGAAUUACAGUCUGAUCUGGUCCACUGUUGACAACGAAAUCUAAUCCACUGUUAUGUUCCGCAGCUAAAAUUAAACUACAAUGUUGCUCAAACAGAGAACUGAUCAACAACCCAAACCAAACAGGUGCAGUUUUAGGAGGGGUUCUGAGAGACACUCGAACUGAUCAACAACCCAAACCAAACAGGUGCAGUUUUAGGAGGGGUU